CCGAACAAUUUGUUAGCGAGAGGUUUGGGCAGUGGGAAGAAGAUGGCAAAUAUCCCCCUCGUACUCUCCGUUUGUCUUCUGGGAGCGUGUCUUGCUGCCGAAACUACAGUCUUCAUCGAGAACAAAGAGGCGAGCUCAGUUCUGGACAGGAAAAGGCGAGCCAAUUCCAACAGACUGGAAGAGGUUAUUCCCGGGAACCUCGAGAGAGAAUGCAUAGAAGAAAAAUGCAGCUUUGAAGAAGCCCGAGAAGUGUUUGAAAACACAGAGAAAACAAUGGAGUUUUGGAAAACAUACAUUGAUGGAGAUCAGUGCGACCCCAACCCAUGCAAAAACGGAGCCGUUUGCAAGGACGCAGUGAGUUCCUACGUGUGUUGGUGCCCAGCUGGGUAUGAAGGCAGAAACUGUGAGAUAGACUUCACUUGUGCUAUUAAAAACGGAGGCUGCAAGCACUUUUGCAGGCAUGACCCGCCACAGAAAGUUGUGUGUUCCUGCGCCGCUGGCUAUAGACUUCAUGAAGAUGGAAAGUCCUGUGAACCUACAGUGCCGUAUCCCUGUGGGAGGAUCACGGCUCCUGAGGCGAAGAGCAAGCUCACCCGAGCCAUCAACACCUUUGAGCACUGGAACAUCACCGCCAACGACCACGAUGAUGCUCACGACGAGGAGCUCGACAACAUCACGGAAACCAGCACCGCCACCGCCACCACCACGAAAAUCACACCGAUAAUUAAGACGGGCACCCGGGUCGUGGGGGGAUCAGACAGCAUGCGAGGCGAGGUGCCUUGGCAGAUUCAUCUGGUGAACAGCCACGGCGUGGGCUUCUGCGGCGCGUCCAUCAUCAACGAGAAAUGGUUAGUGACAGCGGCGCACUGCCUGCAGCCAGGCGACAAUGUCACUGCAGUGGCAGGUGAAUACAACACCAACGAGGAAGACAACACGGAGCAGCGGCGUAAGGUGGUGAAAAUCCUCCCCCACCCCACGUACAACGCUACGAUCAACAAGCACCACAACGACAUCGCCCUGCUGGAGCUGGACCGGCCCCUCAUCUUCAACAGCUACGUCACCCCCAUCUUCCGCGGCCGGCCGGCCACUGUCCUCCAGAUCCUCAAGGUGCCCUUCGUCGACCGGCCGACCUGCCUCAAGAGCACCUCCACCACCAUCCUGCAGAACAUGUUCUGCGCCGGCUUCCCGGCUGGGGGCAGUGACACCUGCGGGGGGGACAGCGGAGGUCCCUACACCACCGAGAUCGAGGGCACCUGGUUCCUCACGGGCAUCACCAGCUGGGGCGAGGAAUGUGCCAAGCCAGGCAAAUACGGCAUCUACACCAGGGUCUCCAAGUACCUGAAGUGGAUAAAGGAAAUCACGAGGCUUACCUAA